AUGGAGUACAUGCCAAACAGGACCUUGUACGACCUGCCGCACUCCAACCCCCGCCCGCCCAGCUGGGCCCACUGGAUGCGGCUGGCGCUGCUGACACUCCAUUCCACCCGCCCACGCGUCAUCCGCCACGAUGUCAAGUCCACCAACAUCCUCCUCGACCGCAACCUUGAUGCCCGCCUCGGCGACUUCGGCCUCGCCCUCUGCUACUCCUCCAUACCCUCCUCUGCUGCCGCCGCCUCCGUUGCCGGCUCUACUCCUCUAGCCGGCACUCUUGGCUACCUCGACCCUUCCUACGUCACCCCAGACGCCUUCAGCUUCAAAAUCCUGCUCCUCGAGAUCAUGAGCGGCCGCAAGGCCAUCGACGUCGCCCACUCCCCGCCCUCCGUCGUCGAGUGGUCGUCCCGCUCCUCCACAAGGGGAAGGUCGGGGCGUUUGUCGAUCUCCGCAUCCCCCCACCCCGAGACCCCGCCGCGCGGCACCGCCUCGCGAGGUUCGCGGCGAGCUGUGGUCGACCAGCUCAAGGCGCUAAGCUCCUUGAGCUGGAACAGCUCAAGGACCCUGUCGUCUAGCGUGUGGAACGGCCUCAUCAUCGGUAACCCCUCCUCCUUCGUCGACACCCAGGGCGGCGCCAUUUCGAAGCUAAGGCUCCAUGGCGGCCUCAAUUCUGAAUUGCAAUUUAUCAAUGAAGACGAAAUUGAAGAGCCUGAGCCCUCUGCUAGUGCCGCCGCUGUCAACGAGGAGAAGGAGAAUGAGGAGAAAACCCUGAUUUUCGCCAAGAAGCCGCCUUCUGCGGCGGCGAAGGGAUCCCACCCGUCAAGGAAUGCGAAGGUGUUCUCUGAAGCCGGCACGAGGAAAAGUAGGAAUCUGAUGGAACUCAUGGCAGGCGGCUGUUUUCUCAGCAGCUAG